CACAUGUAAGGUUUUUGUUGCUAUACUACAUUAGUUUACACUCGCUUCCCACCUUUAUUUAAACAACUCUCACCUCCUUCACUCGAUCAUCAUCAUCAUCAUCUCUUUCUUCUUCCAAAAGUCAUAAUCAUGUCAAAGUCUCUAGCUGGAUUGGCGGUUUUGGCCGCUCUUUUUAUUGCGGUUGAUGCGUUUAGGCCUUCUGGUUUAACUAAUGGUCACGCUACAUUCUAUGGAGGAAGUGACGCUUCUGGAACAAUGGGUGGAGCUUGUGGUUACGGAGAUCUUUACUCGGCGGGGUACGGGACAAUGACGGCGGCGUUAAGCACGGCUCUGUUCAACGACGGAGCUUCUUGCGGAGAAUGCUAUAGGAUAACGUGUGAUCACGCGGCGGACUCACGGUGGUGCUUGAAAGGAGCUUCUGUGGUUAUUACAGCCACUAACUUUUGCCCACCAAACUUUGCUUUGCCUAACAACAACGGUGGUUGGUGCAAUCCGCCGCUUAAACAUUUCGACAUGGCACAACCCGCUUGGGAAAAGAUCGGAAUUUACAGAGGAGGAAUCGUUCCCGUCGUUUUCCAAAGAGUAAGCUGUUACAAGAAAGGAGGAGUUAGAUUCAGAAUAAACGGAAGAGACUACUUCGAGCUAGUGAAUAUUCAAAAUGUAGGAGGAGCAGGUUCUAUUAAAUCUGUAUCCAUCAAAGGAUCAAAGACUGGUUGGUUAGCCAUGUCUCGUAACUGGGGAGCUAAUUGGCAAUCGAAUGCUUAUCUAGAUGGUCAAGCUCUCUCUUUCUCCAUUACCACUACUGAUGGUGCUACUAGAGUCUUUCUCAAUGUUGUUCCUUCUUCUUGGUCUUUUGGACAGAUUUAUUCUUCCAACGUUCAGUUUUAAGUUUUUUUUUUUGUUUUGUAUGAAAUAUCAUUGGCAGUGGUCGCGCUUUGAGUCUGUUUCUUUUCUCCCUGAGCGACCCGCCCUCUUUGUUUUUUUUAUCUUAUGGUAUGAUGGGUCUGUUAAUACAAAAGACCCGAUAUGAUUUGAGGGUAUAUGAUUAUAUGAAGUGUAUUGUAUUUGAAUGUUUCAGACUCGAAAAAGAUUCUGUAGCAAAAGGAGUUUUAACACAUUUGUACUUGGUUUUGUUUAUAUGAAGUUUGUUUUAGUUUUUUGAAAAGGAGUUUUGUCAAGUACAAUUCUAAUAAGACAUUGGUCUUUACUUUACAAAAGUUUGAAGAGCCAAAAAAAUGUAUACUGCUUUGGAAAAUCCAACUAAAAUCUUGUGUUAUUGUUAAUGUAUUUUAAAUUUAUCAAAACUAUGUUCUUC